UUUUAUAUAUGUGUGGUUUCUUUAUUUGUAGAUGUGUGUUAUAUGCAUGUCUGUACAUAUUUCUUUUUCAACAAAAAUUWAAAAUAUAAACUUAUGCCUUGUGCUUGGUGUAUUUUUAUUUCUGGGUUAUUUUUUUAUAAUUAGGGAGGGGCUUAACCAGGCCGGUAAUUAUAAAGGUCUAGUGUGUCCAAUAGGGAGAUAUCUACCAACCAAUUACAUGUAAGUAAUGAAUUGUGAUGUCAUUGUUUUUUCAUCCAAUGACUGACAAAUCACGUGGGUCUCCUGUUGCUAUUAACAUGUUAAGUAGAGUCGUUAAGCUGUUAACACCCCUCCGCACUUCCCCCACACCUCCCCAUCCCUCCUCCCCCCGUUGUAGGAUUCCGCAUUCGACAGCAUUCGACUGUGGCCGGCGAAACUGCGCUGCCCCACCAACUGUCGAUUGCUGUCGAUAUCUGUCGCUGACUAGCUGCAUUUGCAUCAGAAUACAUGGUCAAAAAUCCCACUAUUCGUCCAGUGAUAAACAUGAGCACACAAAGAAGUAACAGCCAUAGGAGUGCUGCCUAACUUGAUGGAGCCCAUGACGGUGACAACGUCAGUGGUUGGACCCGAUGAGUUCGACCGCAAUGCCCCGCGGAUCUGCGGCGUGUGCGGGGACAAGGCCACCGGCUUCCACUUCAAUGCCAUGACCUGCGAGGGUUGCAAGGGCUUCUUUAGACGCAGCAUGAAGCGCAAAGCCUCCUUCAUCUGUCCGUUCAACGGGAGCUGCACCAUCACAAAAGACAACCGGCGCCACUGCCAAGCAUGUCGUCUUAAACGCUGCAUCGACAUUGGCAUGAUGAAAGAAUUUAUACUGACAGAUGAGGAAGUGCAGAGGAAAAGGGAAAUGAUAAUGAAGAGGAAAGAAGAGGAGGCAGCCCGGGAGGCGCAGAGGCCACGUCUGAACGAGGAGCAGGCACGGAUGAUUUCUAGCUUGGUGGAAGCUCACCACAAGACCUACGAUGCCUCCUAUUCUGAUUUUUCACGCUUCAGGCCUCCAGUGCGUGACGGCCCGGUAACACGCAGCGCCAGCAGAGCUGCCUCCCUUCACUCGCUGUCUGACGCCUCCUCUGAUUCAUUCAAUCACUCACCUGAAUCUGUGGACACCAAGAUGAACUUCAGCAACCUGCUGAUGAUGUACCAGGACGGAGCGAGCAGUCCUGACUCCUGCGAGGAGGACACCAAACUCUCCAUGCUGCCCCACCUUGCUGACCUGGUCUCCUAUAGCAUCCAGAAAGUCAUUGGAUUUGCCAAGAUGAUACCAGGAUUCAGAGAGCUGACCGCAGAGGACCAGAUUGCUCUGUUGAAGUCGAGUGCCAUCGAGAUCAUCAUGCUGCGCUCAAACCAGUCGUUCAGCCUGGAGGACAUGUCCUGGAGCUGCGGGGGACCCGACUUUAAAUACUGCAUCAAUGACGUCACAAAAGCCGGUCACACCCUGGAACUGCUGGAGCCACUGGUGAAGUUCCAAGUUGGUCUGAAGAAGCUCAACCUGCAUGAGGAGGAGCAUGUGCUGCUCAUGGCCAUCUGCCUGCUGUCUCCAGACCGGCCUGGCGUUCAGGACCACGCUCGCAUAGAGCAGCUGCAGGACCGUCUGUCGGAGGCCUUGCAGGCCUACAUCCGGGUCAACCACCCGGGUGGACGCCUCCUCUACGCCAAGAUGAUCCAGAAACUGGCCGACCUGCGCAGUCUGAACGAGGAGCACUCCAAGCAGUACCGCUCGCUGUCCUUCCAACCCGAGCACAGCAUGCAGCUCACCCCGCUGGUGCUGGAGGUGUUCGGGAGCGAGGUGUCGUAGCUGAGGAGGAGGAGAACAAGGAAUCCUUUUUUUCCCCCUUCUACACAGGCUCAUUAAGCACAGGAUGAUUAACAAACUCCGCCGCCUUCUCCUCAAUUCAAAACGAAGGCUUUCACAACCCCAACACCCCGACUUUCCCGGACGUUCGGGAGGGAGGCGGAUAAUCACAUCUUCCCCUCUGUCUACACCUCUUUUGUUACUCCUGGCUUGCAAAAAUCAAACGUCGGCCAUAACUGGAUAUAGAAUAGAAAUCUGCUACUGGAUCACCAGAAUCUCAAACCUUGUUUUCUUUUUGUUUUGUUUUAUUCCCUCACUCAUUUUCAUCUUUUCCACAACUAUGGAAUCCAAAUGUUUUCCAUUGCCACCCAUCACUGGAAUCUACUCUGUGUAACACUUUCUGAAAGUGAAGACAGCUUGAUAGAUGUAAUUUCCCUCUCAUCAUCAUCAUCAUCAUCAUCAUCAUCAUCAUCAUCAUCAUCAUCAUCAUCAUCAUCAUUUUCCCACACGUUCACAUGGCAACAACAGCGCUCAGAUUUGCAUCUUUUACUCAUUCCUCAACGAUGGACUCUUGUGUUAAUAGCUAUGAACUUUUGUUGGCUUAUAAAUUCUAACAGCAAAAUCAUCCAAAAAAUAUUGAGCGAGCUGACAGGAAAUGGAAACGUUUUUGGGUCAUGACAGGAGCUGAGCGAUCUGUAAAGUCUGUGUUAUGUGAAAGAAGAAAUCUUAAAUAUUCAAAACAUUAUGAAGACAAAUCUUUCUGCAGAAAUAUUUUAGUUUGAGAAUGAUGGUGCACUUUGGGAAGAAAACAACAAGAGGAUGCUGGGUAGUCAGAUGGAAGGGGGUUUUACAUUUGUAAAAUAAGUGACAAAAGAAGAAUGUAUGUAUAAGCCUAAUAGUUAAAUAUGAUAAACAUAAGCUGUACAAGUCAAACAUUAUCUAAUGCUUGACUUGUACUGUAUAUAGACAGAAAUACUUCUGAGAGUGUUUAAUUAUAAAAUAAUAAAGAGUAUGUUAAGGCCUCUCCUCAGAUAUGUGUAUAUGCAACAUGUUUAUGCAACAUGUACACAUGCACUGAGACGUGCUAUGAGGAGUCGCUCUAUUUUUGCUAACAGUGUACAGCGUGCAAGAGUAUCAAUGGACCACAAGGGGGUGUGUGUGCAGGCUCUAACUGAACCGCAACAAACGCUCUUUGUUGUGCUCUGAUUUUUUUUGGACCUGUGAAGUUUGUAGGCUGACUUACACAAAGAUAAUUUCCUGUUUUGUGGAUGGCUAUUUUUUCAGAAAAAAAAAGGAAAAAAAAAAUUAGUCGUUGGGCUGGUGGGAUUGCUGCUAAGACAGAGCUUCGAUAGUUGGACAGAAACCAGCUGCCAGCUGUUGCCUCAGGGAAAGUUUGUCUGACGAUAAUGUGUAUUUGGGUUUUUACGGCGUGCGUGUGUGUGUUUGGCGUAAGCUUACAAUCAUGAGAGGGAGAUUUUGAGAGUUUUUGAAGCUCAAGGCAUCACUGUGAUCUGUAAUCAUACUGAAUAACAGCAAAAGGAAGCUAACAGAUUAAUGUCUGUUCUGGAAGAAAAAACUAACAAAAAUCUCAAUUUGAGAAAAACAAUUAUGAAAUUAUUUCACAUGGUCAGAUUGUCUUUAAGAGAAUAUAUGUGAUACAUUUUUAGCUACACAACCAUUCUUAUUAAAUUAGUAGAAGCCUUAAAUUGAAUAUUUUUAAGGAUAAAGCAAACAUUCUAGAGCAGUGGUUCUUAAACAUUUUAUAACUGUAAAUAUUCUGCAAUAAGACUGAACAAUGAACAAAAAGUUCACAUGAUGUUUGAGUUCAAAAUGUGGAAAUCUGCGUUUUCUCACCAGUGAAAUUCCAACAUGGCUUCCUUGCAUAUAGUGAUAACUGCAGCAAAAAAUCAUUUUAUUUAAACUUUUUGAGAUUUUUUUCGUUCUGCUGAAUCUUUAAUUUGCACAGAAUACUGGACUUCAUUCUUUAACCAGUUCACAGUGCGUAAAGGAACAAAAUGCAGAGAAAUUCAUUAUCGCCUUAUUUUGCUAACGGUAAUUGAUCAUUAUUGGAAUGACUAAACAUGCUUUCAGCCUGAAUUUAUUUACAGUUAAAGUUAUGGAUAAACUUUUUGCUUUCAAAUUGAUUGUAAAAUUUAUACAAAUUUUCAUAAAUCUAUGUAUUUAGUAUGGAAAUCUGCUAAAUUAGCGCAUCUUUUGGCAUAACACCGUCCACUAGAUAGUAGGGGUGGGCAAUAUGGGCUUAAGGUUUCAUCACGAUAUUUUGUCUAGUGAUAAAAAUGAUGAGAACAAUUUAACACUUCAUUUUAAGGUAACUGUAUGGAUGUGAGUGAAUGACGCAGCAAUCACAGUCUCACAAAUAUUGGGCUUGAUAACGGCAUUUAAUCAUAUUUCCAGAUUUACUGAUAUUUAUUGAUAUUCUCAUUGAACAAACAGUGGAGAAAAAUUUUGAAAAUACUAAUCUUGAUAAUAGGAACAGCUUUAGAGAUUAGACAUUAAUUUGAAUGAAUCAAGACAACAUUAAAUCAAAAUCUUAUAAGAAGUUUAUCAUAAUUAAUGAUAAACGAUAUGAUAAAUGUCCACCCUUCUAGAUGGCGACAAAGUACCCUCCAAUUGAUUUUUGGGAUCAUGCGUUACAUGUGUAUAAUCAAACAUUAGACAUUUCGUUUCAUAAAUACUACUAAAAAUUCUUAGUUUUGCUAAAGCUAGCCGAGGUGCUAGCACCGGUACUUGCACGAGCGUUUGAGAACCACGGCUCUAGAGGAGUAGCAGAUUGUAAGGGAGGAGACACAAACAUGAGAAGGACUUUUACAUGAAUGGAAAAAGUUCAGCCUCCUACCUUUUUGUUGUCACAUUUGUCAUUUCAAUACCAGCUGCAUAAGCAAAGGUAGUUUUUAUCACUACAUAUAUUGUAUCUGUUGACAUGGUGCAUGCUCACACCUCAUGCAAGCCUGGAUCACCCCCUUGUGGAAAAAAACAACAACUUUGUAAAUACCACUUUCUUAGUCUGUACAUAGAAGCUGAUGUAGGUAAAUUACUAAGAGGAGUAAGUUGUUGACGGGAAGGUGCUUUGGAGAUGCUAGGCUAUAUGCAAUUAGAGAAAAUCUUACUGUGUAUUCAACUUUGAGUGGACAGAGCCGCUUAAUAUGACAGGCUUGAUGAGUUGUUUAUGUCACAUGUAGUAUUGUAUUAUGAAUAUUUUGGAGGGCUAGGAUUAGCUUCCAUCUAACGCCAAAUAUGAGCUUUUGAUGUAAUCCCUUAAAAAAAGGGAUGGAAAUAAAAAAUUAUCUUAAUUUCAAAUGAAUUGAACAUUCUCAUAAUACUAUAAUCACCCAAAGCGACUCAGUAAGUCCUCAUUAUUAGGCGACGUUUUGUCCAUUCCAAGAAUUCUGGAUGUAUGUCUUUCUUUCCUCUCUUGUUCAAUCAAUAAGCUUUCGAUGAUAUAUAUACAUAAUACUUUCAUUUUGGUAAUUAUUUGAUUUCUUCUGUUUGUCAUGAUUGUUGAUUUGCAUCCUGCUGCAAUGCUUGCGCUUGGCUUUCUGCUCAGGAGCAUUGUUGAAUGAAGUCGGGAUUAGCAGCAUGUGUGGACUUCUGGACUCUAUCCCAAGUACUUAACUCAACAAGGAAAAGCAAAAACGUUUGCUCAAUCAGGUCAUCAUCUGUAAGAACUGCAGUCCACAUAUGCAUCAUCUUUUUUCAGGAGCUAAUUUUGCAAACCGCCAAGUGAUCAUCAAUAACACUGCCUCAACUGGUUGGGUACGAGAUGUAUCUGACUGGUAACUAUGGCGUGCCUCUUUGUUCAUCAACCAGCCAUGUUACCAUCUUUUCUUCUUUGUCGUCAUCUUCAACAGCCAGUUACAACAACUCUUCUCUGCAUAGCUUUACGUUAGCAGCCAACCAAGCUCUGCUCUGGAAAUCCGUGACACACCCAAGACCUGAUGGGGGUCCUGGGAUUCGAAGGAGCGCCGUCAGUUUGGACCUCAACAAGACUGUGUAGAAUUUGUACAAAGGUCAUAUGAGAUCAAGUGUUUUUAAAAUGCGAAGACGUAGGGACUCGCCGUUCAAGAAGAGUGCUCAAGAGACUGACCGAAGGACAGAUGUCGCCUCUGCUGUCUUGAGUUGAAACGUUGUCGUGCUUUGUACUCCGUGACUCAAGGUUCUGAUUUUUUAUUUUUUUUUAACAAAUUGUGGUUUGUUUGGUAACGAUAGUCGUGCAAAGACUUUUUACAUUCAGCAUCUACAUCACAGAAUGCAGGGCAGGGUGACGGGGGGGAGAAUCUGCAGUUUUAGGGGUACAGUGUGGCACAUCAGUUAUAUCUGGAUCAAAUUUAGAUGUCUACAAUCCUUGGACAAAGAUCUUCUUGUAGUUUUCAUACCAUUUUAGCAACUUUUAUAGCGGAUUCGUAGAUCUGAUUUGUCAGCUCCCACCACAAUAAUUGAAGUCUCUCCCCUCCUGUAGCCCUCGUCCCCCUCGAACCAGGUCAGCAGCUCCACCUCAGUAGCCUUAUUUACAAAGACCUCACUAAGCUGGAAACAUUUAACAGAUACCUCAGUAAUUUACAGUAUAGACUUUUCACAAUAGCCUUUAAAGGGAACCAAACAUAAACUUCUACCACACACACACACACACACACUCAGACACACCACAACUCUCUCCUCAGAAACCUUCAGUGUUUUCAACCUCAAGUCGAUCGCAAACUCUAAAGCAGUUCUUGCAUAGCGAGGGACAUUCGGUAGAAUUUGCUAGUCAGUAUCCGAGUGGAUCCCAAUGUUUCUAAAUGUUAACUCUGCUUUCCCUCCUCUUCUUCGUUUGUCUCUGUCCGUGUUCUGCUGAACUUCGGCAUCAUGUUUAACCAAAAAUACUACCUCUCCUGUCUGCACAUAUAAAUAUAUAUUUUUGGGGGAGUUGCAGCUUGAUUGUGUAAUAUAGAACACAAGGUUUUAUUUUAACAAUAAUCUAGAGGUUUUUAUGUUUGUAUAGUUACAGUAGUUUUUUUCUGUUUAUAAUUCUGGAUUAUUUUUCUUUUCGAUUUUUUUUUUUUUUUUUUACCUCAAAUCGCUACAAAUCUUAAACCUGCAGUGAAUAACUUUAUCUCCCCCUUCUGGCUGAUAGAUGAAUUACAAUGUAGAUAUUUGUGACGAACAGCCACACAAUUUCACUGCUUUUAUUCAUACUAUAACUCAUAAUUUUUAUUGCAAUAGUUUUAGUCUCAGAUCAUUAUAUAUAUUGGUAUAAAUAUGCAACAGCUGACACUUACAUAUUUAUUUAUUGCGCAUUUAAAAGUUCAAAAAUUUUUAAGUGUUGCAUCAUUCCAUAAGAAGUCUUAUACAGUAAACACUGUAUUAAUUUUAUUUUACAUUUUUUGCAUGAUAAAUUAGCUCACAGUGCAGAUUGAACAUUUGCUGGUCCUUGCAUGUUCAUUACUCCAGCAUUAAUAUCAUUUUAAAGGGGGCCACUCUUGCACCACUUUCUCACUGACUGAAGUGUGUAAAUGCAUGAUUAAAGUCCCUGCAUGGUAACUAAGGCUUCAUUCACAUAGCAUCUCAAAGCGCAGGUAAUUGUUGCAUCCUCAUGUGUGACAAGAUGGGAUCUAUUUUGACAGAAAAGCAAAAUUCUUGUAGGUAAUUGGACCUGUAGAACAGAAACGGCCCAUGUAUCUUGCUGCACCUGCUUUUGAAAAACCGUCGGUUGCCAUAGUAGCGUCAGUGGCUUGGCCGGGAAAAAAAUGCAGAGCAGAACCCUGUAGCGUUCUCUCACAGAACACUUAGAAAUGCCUGAGAAAAAUACACGUGCCAUGUGUAAAAUACUUUAACUUCUGUUGAGCUGUUUAUGAAGUGUUAUUUUUUAACAUAUGCAGCCGCACUUAUUAGCACCCCUGGUAAACGAGGGUAAAAUGAGCUAAAAUAAGUUUCUUUUAACCCUCCCGCGUUCUUAUUGCGAUGCUCAGAAAGAGAGCGGCACAUGUCACGGUCAGACAGUGAGGAAGCUGGAGGGGUUAUCCCAUCAGACCAUCAGUUCCAGAAACCACAACAACAACCAAAAAACUUAUGUCGCUUGGGGGUUCCGCACACAGUAACAAACUUGUGGGGUCCAAUUGACCCCAUCUCUUAAGGCUGCGGGAGGGUUUUGUUUAACACAGAAGCAUUAUCUCAGACUGAAGAAGGAAGAAAGUUCAAAAAAUCAAGUCAUUUAAAAAUCCCACAUUAGAAAAAAAUAAGGAAUAAUAAUAAUAGGAAAACAUAUUUAUGCCCCAGGGAAACAGAAAGGCACAAACUCACAUCUUCUUAAAAAAAGCUUAGUAUUAAUAAACUUUUCCACCUGUGAUUUUGUUCAAACAAAUUUAUUUCUCAAAUUAAAAUGUUGACCAAUAAAAAAGUUCAGACGGAUUCUGCAGCUGAAAUAAAAGCAGACUACAUGCUUUGAACAUCUGCCAGGGGUGCCACAAAAUACGGUGAGCUCAGUAGAUGAACCAGGUUACAUAUAUAACUGUAAAAGACUAAAGAGUAGAUGAUUUUCUUCAAAAGCUACUAAACUAACAGCUGAAUUGCUGCUGCUUGAAAACAACCUUUGUGCAGCUUGUGCCAAAGCUUUUAGAUCAGCUGAAACGUUGAGCUGAAAGGACUUGACGUUUGUUAGUGUCAGAUAAGGAGAGCUGUAAACUGUUCUCUCGCUGAUGCCGCUCAGCCUGGUUGAGUUUUUGUAACAUUGGGAUCCCAAUUUAGUCGUUCAUCACCAAAAGUAGCGUUUUUUUUUUUUUUUUGCUUUGUUUUUGCAGCCAGACACACACAAACUUUCACAUUUAUACUGCAGCCUAUCACGCUCAGCACUCUGCCUUCUGUCGUUCAUCUCUAACUGAUUAUGAUUGGCUGGUUUAGUUGGUGCUGUGAGUCCGUUUGAAGACAACCAGGCCACUUUGUUGCUUGAAGAGUUUUUUGGGGGGGUUUUGCCCUUUUUGUGAAUAAGAUAUAUUGCCAUCUUCGCUUAAGUCAAAAUUUAGCACUUCAAACUGUGCUGUGAAAAAGGGUCCAACCCUUACAGAUUUCCUUGGUUUUUGCUUGUUUUGUUUCACCUAAAUGUUUAAAGUCAUCAAACAUGUUUUAAAAUCAGACAAAAAUAACCUGUGUGUGUUAUAUAUAGGGGUUUAGAGGGUUUUCCUGCAUGAACGACAUGUGUAAGACCACACCACAGGAUUUCAGUCAAAUUUAGGUUCAGACUUUGACCAAGCCACCCCAAGUUCUUCAAGUUCUUGGGGUGGACUUUCUGGUGUUGUCCUGCUGUAUAAUUUCAAGAUGUGCUUAAACUCAAAGGACAUGAAUUUGAUAGUUGGACAUCCUCUUUCAGCUGAAUCCAUCUUGUUCCUGAGGAAGCCAAGCAACCCCAGACCAUCAUGCUCUCACCACCAUGUAUUCUCAAAUUCUAUUAGUUUCAUAGAUUUCUGUCCACAUUUUCCUAAGCUUUUACUUUUUUCAGACCAAAGGAUAUUUUCCUAAAAGUCUUGAAUUCUUGGCUAAUGUGGGACUAAUAUGUUCCUUUUGAUUAGCUGUGGUUUGGCGUUGAAAUGCCCCCACGGCGGCCAUCUUUGCCUAGUUUCUGUCUUGUUGUUGAAUCAUGACCUUGACCGAGGUCGGUGAGCCCUGCAGGUGUUGCUCUAGGAAGUUUUGUGACCUUGUGGGUGAGUUGUUGAUGAGUAAUUCUGUUGCUUCCUGGGAAGCCUCAUCACUCUUCUAUGUUUUCACUGUUUGUCUGCAGUGAUUCUCAAUGUGGUUCCUGAAUCCCCAAAACUCUAGAUAUGGGUUUGUUGACAUUCCCAGACUGAUGGAUGUCUAGACCUUGCGGCUUGGUUUGUUGCUAUUUGACAUCAUUCAGCCUACUUCAUGUUGUCAGUCAGGUACCAGUUGAGUGAGUUCUUGAUCCUACAGCUUAUCAGAGUUGGUUGCUGAUGAUGAAUCCAAACCAGGUGUGUAGGGUGUGUGAAAGAGACAUUUCAAAACAUAAAAUUUAGUUGCAUUUUAGCUUACUACUAAUUGAAACUGGCUUCUUUAGUGCAUUUGUAUUAUUUUUAUCUCCAGUGUUUGGUGCUGACAAAGUUUGGAAGUUUACCUUGAAAAUGCUUGAAAAGUGCUUGAAUUUUGGUAAAAUGUACAAACCAUGAGCCUAGAUUUUAAAGUCAGGUAAUUCAGGUAAUUUGUGAUUAAUCAGGUAAUUCAUUCACAGGAUAAAUAUUUGUUACAUUAUUCUUCAUUUAGUACUUGAGUGGUUUGGAUAAGUUUUACCCUAAUAGGUCAUAGUUUGAACAUUACAUUUCAUAUUUCCUCAGGUUAUCUUUGUCUGAUGUAACAAUCUGUUCAUAUAAAACAGUGAUGUCAUUUUCAAAAUUAUGAAUGUCCUUAAAAUAUUAUUAGCAAUCUGCAUUUGAUGACUACUUCUUAAGAUUAAAUAAUAUUGAACAUAUUUUAACAUUAACAAAACAACUGCUUUGAUUUGAUCACCUGGAGGAUCGCAUUCCAAAACUUAUGACCUCGAGUUUGACAUGUCAUCUAAAACAUUUAAGUGUGCCAAAAAGAAGACAUCUUUAAGGGGGGCAUGUGCUUUUUUCAUCGCACUGUAGCUUCAAGUGGACCUCACUUUUUUCAACCUUUUUGAUUCACAGUGUUUGAACUAAAACUUGUUUGACCUUGAGAAGAGCAGCUGCAUACAAAGUCUGUUUCCUUCCUGUUAGCUGAUUGUUACCUACUGCUCUGACUCUGUUUCUCUGCUACCUCUUUAAAUAUGCGCUUGCUUGCUCACACACACACAUACACACACACUUUCACACCUGCACUUCAAUACUGACUGAAGCAGACAGUGAACACACUCAUUCAGACAAACACACACGUGUGCACUUCUCGUUCCCUCACCAGCAGUUUUUUGCCAAUGAUGCACUUGUGUUUUUUUGUCUAGUAAAAUGUUCUGCAAAACAUAUGAAGUCUGAAAAGUGAUUAAUCAGCGUAUGUAUCUCUUUUUUUCUUGCUGGGUAUUAAUUUUUUUCUUGCUGGGUAUUGUUAUUAGUAUUAUUAGCAAAUCUUUAUAAUAAGACUUGGUUUGGACAGGUGAUUUAACGUAAAUUGAAUUGUAAAUCAUGUACAUUUCAAAAAGCUUCAUGUCUUUUUCAAAGGAAACACAGAAUUGCACAUUGUGCUCAGCUCAGUUUUGCCUUGGUGUGCCUAAAACCACAGCCUUAUUUUGGGACUAUAUCAGGGGUUUUCAACCAGAAUUCAAAAUGUUCUGUGUCAUAUUUUUCUCUCUUUCUCUCUCUUCAUAUCCGCACGUAUGUUAGUUUGUAACAAGCCAAAAGUAGCUCUCAUGGAGGCGCGUCCCCAUAACAGGGAUGUGCUCAGUCUUGGUUUAUGUUGGCUGUGAUUCCCCUUUAUUUAUUGACCUUCUAAGGAAACGUCCGACUACGCGUCAGUCAGAUAACCUAAAAAGAAAAUACGACUUGUUGUUCUGAUGUAGCAAAGUGUAAUAAAAUUCAGAGUUUUUAUGUGAUUUGACUUAAUUUAAGCUUGUUUGUACGAAUGUCCUGUAAACAGACUUGUUCUAAUGAUUCUGUGUGCGAGAAGCAAAUGUUUUAAGUCAGAGUUUAUUUAAUGAAGAGUCCCAAGAUAAGUAUCUUUAUCUGCCGCACUUGCACACACGACCAUGCAGUAAAAGUCACCAGACUGUAGUGCUUCUAGCUGAAAUCUGAACCCACUGCUGCCAUGGCGAUGCUGUUGAUAACCUCAUCAAUAGCCGUAUAGUAACAAAAAUAGUGUUACACAAGAAGUACCUUAACCAAUCUCUAUUUUUGCUCAAAUCACCACCUGUCUGUUUUUUUUUUCUAAUUUAUUUUUUUGGUGUUGCUCCUUUGCUCCCUUCAUUUAUAUGCGGAUUCUUUUGAUUACCAUUAUUGUACGUAGUAAAAUAUUAAUAAUGGUUUUUUUGGGGGGGGUUCACAAAUAAAACAGCUGUACAUAAUGAUGCAAAACCA